UAGAUUUCUUUUACCCAUAACUAGAUUAUAUCCAAAAAUAAAUAGUUCAAAAAUUUCUUCACAUUUCCAUUUAGACACUCCACGAUAAACGUCUGAUGCGUACUGGUGUCCACAUUUAAGUUACCAAAAAUGUAAAAAGCGGACGUUUCAGGUAUAUCUCAGUCAACUCUGUUAAAGACCCAACAUCCCUUUUGUACAAUUACAAAGUUUUGCGGCGUUCCUGGACAUUUGCCAAUUUGGACGGUUUUCAGUGCAUCGGGCCCACUAUGCACUAUUUAAAAAGUUUAUUUUGGUAUUAUGAUUUUAUUCUUCACGCGAAUACUAGUUUUUCUAAUGAUAAAAAGAGGUAGUGAUGUCUACUUAUGGCAUAUUGUUCUAAUGAGCUUUCAAAUCGCGGAUUGACUGUUCGAAGUCUCCGAAGGGAGUGCAAACUGUAAAACAUGGAAUAUACUUCAAUUCCGGCAUCGAGAUUCGAAGAAGUAAUUCGUCAUUUAAGACUUAGUUUUCCUGACGAACCACUUAACGCUUCAGUCGGCCUCAGUCUAUAUGGAAAACCCUGUUCACUUCUUGAGCAAUACGAUUUAUCGACAUUAGAGGAAGGUUUAUCCGUCAUGGCGGUAGAUACAUAUACCAAUGAGAUAGCAGGCGUAUUACUAAACGGCACUUCAAAGAAAGGAGAUAUCGAAGAAGCUAUCAAGAGAAUGGAAACGAUAGACAAUAUACCAUACCAGCAAAUUUUCGGUCUACUAAAUAAUGUGAACAAAGAGUUGGAUCUGUUCACCAAAUAUAAAGUAGAUAAAAUUUUUGAAUUCAGAAUAUUAGCAGUAGACCCCAAGUAUAGAGGACAAGGUGUCGGAAAAGAAUUAUUUCUGAGAAGUGAAAUGAUUGCUGCGGAAAAUGGCUUUAAGCUCAUGAAGGUAGACGCUACAAGUUUCUUUACUCAAAAGAUAUGUGAUAGUUUUGGUUUUGAAACUAUAAAGACUAUUCGCUACGGUGAUUAUUUGGACGAAAACGGACAGAAAAUUUACAACACCAAAUCUCCUCACGAUUAUUAUAAAGUAAUGAUAAAAAUCUUGCAUGGUAAACGAAAUGACUGAAUUAUGAAAAUCAAAAUGAUACAGUAUUUUUAUUGUUGUUGAAUUUAAUUCUUGGAUAGUUCAUCAUAAGUUGACCAGAUGCAAUACUAAUAAAAAUAAUUAUUUUUAAUGUUGUGUGAAGAACCAGUGUAGUAUAAGCUCAAAUUAAUUCUUAAUGUAAGUAAUAGCUAUAGAGAUUCUAAUUAUGAUAUUUUAUCGUAUUCCAAAGUUCUGACUUUAUUGGAUAUGUUGUCUCAAUCUAAACUGAAAAUUGUAGUAAUUUUGAGCAAUUUAAAACGCAAAUUAAUAUCUAUUAUAAUAGGUAUAAUCAGUUAAAUAUUGAGAACUGACAACAACGGUUGUUAACUGUAUAGUAAUUUUUGUAAAAAUUACUCAAAUUAAAGGAAUGAGAGGUUGAAAGUGAACCAUAUACAUGACAGUGUAAACUUACAGAAUCUCCGCAUUGCAUCUCAAAUCAAUUCACAUCAAGCAUUUAAAAAAAACUCCACUGAUAGACUGAAACGUGCAACUGGUAAAGUUUCAAUUUUUAGUUGCAUUUAAAAAAGUUUUUUUACAAUAAUUCACUAUAGGUUAACACAAUCAUGCUAAAGACCCAUUAACCACUUUAUACCAGUAACGACCGGUUUCAUAAUACUUUUAAACGGAGUCAUUUAGCCUAAAAGUUCUUUUAAUUUGAACAAACGUUAAAUGCACACAUAGACUAUGUUUGAUAUCUAAGCUUGCCCCUUUCAGUUCAAAAACAUAAAACGUUCAUGGCAUAAUGGCUAGAUAUGGUGCCAAUUUAAAUUCGGGCUCAAGCUCAUCAGAAGAGGGAAAUAUUAUUGUCCAAAUAAGGAAAAAUAUAGAAAAAACUAAUAGGAGAUUUUUUUGAACGAUUUCUAAUUAGUAAGCCCAUAUUUACGGCAUUAUUGAAUCAAAUUCGGGAUGUUUCGAUAGCCAAUUACCCGUUAAAAAACGAUUGCAUCUUAAUUUUUAUACAAUCACCUGGCGACGAAAACGUAAAAAUUUUAGGAGCCUAAAAGACUUUUAUGCAUUAAAUGUACAAACUGUAUCCGAUGCUCGGCUUAGGAUUCGUAACAUUGCAGCUCGUUGGCCAACUUGCGUUCACGACGUCCUUGAGGAAGGACACUUUGGAAGACAGAUUUCAGUGGAUUACAACGGAUAUCGCAUUCAGAGGUAAAACCUUUAAUAUUUACGAUUAAAAAUGAUGAAAAUAAUUAUAGAAUAGAAUAAUUGGAAUGAAAAUCAAGCCAAAAGAAAUGUUAGCGGCAAAACAACACUCACUACGUUUCAUUUUAUUUCCUAUCGGAAAAGGACAGAGUAAUAUCAACCUCUUUUUAACGUCUCAAAAUAGCAUUUACUUGAGAGACCUUUACAAAUCGAUUAUGGGACCACUUCGCAUCAACAUCUAAAUUAAAGGGCCCUUUAGUUAAAGUGCCAGCUAGGGUGAAAUUACGAAACCGGCCGUUAGUUACUAUAAUUUUCCUUUUAAAAGAACACCAAUUAGGAAUGUACUUUUGUAGUAAAACUCAGGUUUGCGAGCGUUGCCAAACACUUCAUAGAUCGUAUUCCAACCAAUCGCGUGGCCGAAGAAAGUUAAGCCUUAAAUUUGGUAACGAAAUCGAUGAAAAGAAAAUAUCAUACAUAAUUUUAGAUCUGUUAUCUUGUUUUAUUUGAUCUCUAAUAAGAUUUAUCAGCCUGAUUAGAUCUAUUGUCAUAUAGCAGACUCCAAACGUUCCUUUACUCAUAACGUAUGUCAUGAAAGUUUUCGGAAAACAUUUCUAGUGUAAUAUUGAAACAACGAAAUAAUGUUUACAAUUCAUUCAUUCACUUUUUUGUUAACAUAUAGUGAACGAAAAAACACAAUUAUACUUAAAAUUAACUCGUUGCUGACGUAAUUGUCAAUUUCGCGUAUUUUUUGAAAUAUUCUACGUCGAAGCUGUUACUACUCAAUAUCGCAAGUUUAAUGAAUCGUGUCUGGGGAACAUUUGAGGGAUUAUUUUCAUUCGAUACAAAUGGUAUGUCAUAAACAUCUAAACAAUCACUGGUUAUUCAGGCGUAGUGACAAGAAGCUACAAAAUAUUAUUUCGCCAUUGGGAUGAUGUGUAUUAAUGAAAUCAACCAAUUUUAGAAGACAUCUUCAUGCUUCCCCGGAUAUGACAUACCAAACCAAAAGUUUAUCUUUAAAUUUUGCGCUAUUGAUCUUCAGUAUAUUUUUCGUUGUUUAGCCCCCUUUUUCUCGACUAAUGGUCAUGUGAGAAACUCGAAAUUGACGAACCAACCUUUGAGGUGAUUUCCUAUUUUGUAUUUUGCACGUUUCACCAAUAUAUUUAACUAGGUAUUAGUCAAAACUUCAGAUCAUCCACUUUUUGGAAGGUUUAAAUAUGGUAUUACUUCUUCACGUUCAUUUAUUGUUUUAUAAAUGGUCGAAAUUGUAAUAUUCUGCUAUUUAAAUAUAUUCACAAUGUCAAUUUUUGACAGUUGUCUAACUAAACUGUGUAUAAUCUAGCUUGUACGCCUGAUAAAAAUUGAAAUGACAUAUGAAGAUUGAAACAUUACAAAAUCUUUGUUUUCUGGUAACCAGAUUUUGAGAUAUUUAGAAUUAAAUCGAAGACAAUGAAUUUUUUCUGGAAACCUUCAAAGUUUCAAGUUGAAAUUAGGUUCAGAAAGCAAAAAUUUCAAUGUUUCAAAGAACGGCAAUAUAUUUUUAUAGCAAUGCUGUUGAUAGGAUUUUAACUCAAAAUAUAAUACAUUUGUGGUCUUUUCCGACAUAAUAGAUUUUUCAUAUUAUUCCAAAAGACCAUUCUAAUAUUCUAAUUUAAACAUAUUCUAUUCAAAUGAAGUAUUGAAUUUUUUCCCCUUGAUAUAAAGUUUAGCUAGUUACUUAUUAUGUAAACGUACAUUUAAUCUACACUGGUUCCCUUUGAAAAAACAGUUCUUUAUAUUUUUUCUUAUGUUCAAUAUAAUUUCUACGGUACCUUCUUGUAAUAGUUAUCGAAAUACUUGUCACAAUGUGAUGUACUGUCCAAAUUUGGUUCCGUUAAUUGGAAUUAAUUUAGACAUAAGAAAUACUUAAUAUUUUUUUAUUAAUUACAACUGUUUAAUUUUGUGAUAAAACUAUUAAGAUUCAUUUUGAAUCAUAAAAUGUGACUAUUUAAAAAGUAUACAUCUUCAGUAUACUUGAAUAGACCACUUUAGUAAAGAGCCACAUUUUAUCUCAAUAUGUUGAAAUUAUUACAAAUAUCAAUAAAACAAACUGUGUCAAAUAAAAAUGCAACUUUUUAUUAUCUCAUAUAUGUUAUGGACUGAUAAGAAUAGUUUUCUGUCAUGUUUCUAUGUUAUUAUUACAAAGAUAACAAAUUACCCGAUGUAUUCUUAUAAAUUCUUUAGACGUGUAAGUUGUCUACUAAAUCAAAUCUGAAAUUUAGUCGUUGUUUGUAAAUUUACUAAUUUAAAUGUUGAAUUAGUAGAUUAAAGCAAAUUAAAGAAGAAAUGCAAAUUUGCCCACAAGACAUGUGUUGAAAAAAAAUUGGUUGAUUGAUCUUUGAUAGAUUAUCAGCUUGGAUCCACUGCAUACAGUUAAACCUCCUACUACAGCAUACUUUUUUACUUUAACUUCAAACGUCACAAUGUUAUUCUUUAACAAUUCUUCUAAUACUUCUUGUUGAGAAUUUAAGCCACAGAAAUAAUUCAUUAAUUGAAAAUUGUGUUUUCUACUUCUCUCUAUUCAAUUAUGUCACCUAAAACAUCAGAUUGCCUUAAUAAGAUCAGUUCUUCCUUCCAUUCCUGCUCAAACUCUCUUUGAAGACCACUUAUUUUUUAAACAAGCCCGAAAAAAUCAUCUCCCUUGUCUUUGGGGUAUACUUUCCUGUUGAUAUAGAAGAACAUAAAAUACCUACAAAGUUUUUAACCAAUAUAUAUAAUUCCUGUUAUUAACAUCGAUAGAAUAGAGAAAAAAACAAUAGGAAACGAAACAACUGGAUUCUUAACAAAAAGUAAUGUAAGCGAUGUGAUAGAGUUGAGGUGGAAAUUUGCAGGAUAUAGCUUGAAACAAAAAGAUGAUUAAGAGAUAAUUAUAUAAUGGAAAGCAUGGAAUUGUGAAAGCAAGUUCGCUGGAUCAAAUUAACACAACUCUCCCAAGAUAGGUAAUCAUGGAAAAGGUAUGACAUUUGUUCAGGGUUAAAUAGAUAGUUACUAUCCCAUCACACACAUGCACGCACGAGUCAUUUCCAUUAAAUUUCCACUCUCAGACCAUGUUCGCGAAUUAAUGCGAAAUGAAGCAUUCCACUACCACCUGUCAUCGAAAAGUGUAAAUGUUUAUCACCUUCUUCAGCAGAAUAGCUUUAUUCUGAGUGGUUCUUAUUUCCCGUAUUUACUUUAGUUUUCAUGAGUGUUUUUAGCUCUUUAGAUGGCUUAUAUGCCUUUUGCCGUACAUUUCUCAACAAUUUGUGGUCUAGCUGACAUCGUGACCUGUAGCUGUACCUGAGUUUGGUGUCGUGCUGUCACUGUCUUACUUUGUCCACGAUGUUCUUCACGUAUUCGUUGAAAAUGAAGUCCAUUGUCCAUUGCUACGUCUAAGUAUUUUACUUUGUUUUUUAUUUUUAUGUUCUGGUCGGCAUCAUUAAUCGAUUUAGUUUCGAUUUCUUUCUUUUCGUGAUGUUCUCUAUUCUCAUGCACCUUGUCGCGGAGUGUUUAUCAUUUAUGAGAUUUUAUAAUCAUUCUAAGAAGUACAAGCUUUCAUUAUUUGAGCGUGCACAAGACUUCUUACGGAUUUGUGAUUUGUGGAAUCCACUUAUUGUGUCUAAAGUAUUUCAUAUUGUAUAACUGGUAAUAUUUCUCAAAAAUUAUCUCGAAAUACCUUUUAUCAUUUGAAAAUAUAAUUUAAUAAGUUAAUUGUUAUGACAUGACUGUAAUAUAUAGUUGUUUUGAAUCUCUCUCCUAUUUUAUUGGAAUUGUUCGAUUGUGAAAUUUGCUGCUUGUUGCUUUAAGACUCAUUCAAAAUGUACUUUAAAAAUGAGAAAGUUGAUAUCUCUAACACUUAUUGUUUCCAAUUAACGGACCACGUAAUUAGGAUAUUAAAAAAAAUGUUAAUACUGCCACUGCCAUGCAGAAUUAAACAUUUUAUAGUUGCUCAGUUGAUUUCAAACGUUAUAUUGAAAUAACCAUAAUAGAAAAUUAUUUUAUAUUGAUAAAUGUUAUAUGAUAAAUUAUUAAUUAAUUGAGAAGAUUUGCUGGAGACAAUAAAAAUUUUGGAUAUUUGGAAAAGACUUAACAGUACUAAUAAGUUUUGAUUGUUUUAAAAAAUAUAAUUAUUUGGCUUUCAAAAAUUCUAUUAAACUUUAACAAUUAUUUUAAAUGUGUUCUAUCUACAAUCACGGUAUAAUGGAAGUUUAAUGCUUAUUAAUAAACCACGUUAUGUACUAACAUUCAUAUCGUCUCUAUCUACUUUUUUAUUGAAUUAAAAAAGUUUAAUUCGCUAAACUCUACAAUAAUUUUAAUUCUUGAUAACUAUUUACAAUAAUGAAGUGUGUUAUUGGCUUCAGUAUAUCUUUCAAUCAAACCAAACACUGUAAUUUCAUAUUAAUUUCAAGAAUUUUUUCUUAGUUUAGGUAUGCAAUCAUGUUCGGACUAAUUUUGAUACGAUAAUAUAUUUACAUCUA